CAUGGCCGACUACCUGAUCAGCGGGGGCACGGGCUACGUCCCCGAGGACGGCCUCACGGCCCAGCAGCUCUUUGCCAUCGCCGACGGCCUCACCUACAACGACUUCCUGAUCCUACCAGGCUUCAUCGAUUUCACGGCGGACGAAGUGGACCUGACCUCGGCGCUGACCCGCAAGAUCACCCUGAAGACGCCGCUCAUCUCGUCGCCCAUGGACACCGUCACUGAGUCGGAUAUGGCGAUUGCCAUGGCGCUGAUGGGCGGCAUCGGGAUCAUCCACCACAACUGCACCCCGGAGUUCCAGGCCAACGAGGUGCGCAAGGUCAAGAAAUUCGAGCAGGGCUUCAUCACGGACCCGGUGGUGAUGAGCCCUACGCACAACGUGGGAGACGUCUUCGAGGCCAAGCUGCGGCACGGCUUCUCGGGGAUCCCCGUCACCGAGACGGGCAAGAUGGGCAGCAAGCUGGUGGGCAUCGUCACCUCGCGGGACAUCGACUUCCUCACCGAGAAGGACUACGCCACCUACCUCAGCGAGGUGAUGACGAAGCGAAAUGACCUGGUGGUGGCGCCCGCCGGGGUCACCCUGAAGGAGGCCAACGAGAUCCUGCAGCGCAGCAAGAAAGGGAAACUGCCCAUCGUGAACGACAGCGACGAGCUGGUGGCCAUCAUCGCCCGCACGGACCUGAAGAAGAACCGCGACUACCCGCUGGCCUCCAAGGACUCACGCAAGCAGCUGCUGUGCGGGGCGGCCAUCGGCACCCGCGAGGACGACAAGUACCGGCUCGACCUGCUCACGCAGGCUGGCGUCGACGUGGUGGUGCUGGACUCCUCCCAGGGCAAUUCCGUGUAUCAGAUCGGCAUGAUCCAUUACAUCAAGCAGAAAUACCCCGAGCUGCAGGUGAUCGGUGGGAAUGUGGUGACAGCGGCGCAGGCCAAGAACCUGAUCGACGCGGGGGUGGACGGCCUGCGCGUGGGCAUGGGCUGCGGCUCCAUCUGCAUCACGCAGGAAGUGAUGGCGUGCGGCAGGCCCCAGGGCACAGCAGUGUACAAGGUGGCAGAGUACGCCCGCAGGUUCGGCGUGCCCGUGAUCGCUGAUGGCGGCAUCCAGACCGUGGGGCAUGUGGUGAAGGCGCUGUCUCUAGGAGCCUCUACGGUGAUGAUGGGCUCUCUGCUGGCGGCCACCACGGAGGCUCCGGGCGAGUAUUUCUUCUCGGACGGCGUGAGGCUGAAGAAGUAUCGGGGGAUGGGCUCGCUCGACGCCAUGGAGAAGAACAGCAGCAGCCAGAAGCGAUACUUCAGCGAAGGGGAUAAGGUGAAGGUGGCGCAGGGCGUCUCCGGCUCCAUCCAGGACAAGGGCUCCAUCCAGAAGUUCGUCCCAUACCUGAUCGCGGGCAUUCAGCACGGCUGCCAGGACAUCGGGGCCAGGAGCCUCUCCAUCCUCCGCUCCAUGAUGUACUCGGGCGAGCUGAAGUUCGAGAAGAGGACCAUGUCGGCCCAGAUCGAAGGCGGCGUCCACGGCCUCCACUCGUAA